AUGGGUGCCAAAGGACUUUUCGGCUGCACUGGCCACGCCAUCGAGAGGCUCCAGCUUGCCUUGAUCGUGGCCCCCUCCUUCAUCCUCUUCGGUUACAACCAGGCCGGUCUCGGUGGCCUCCUCACCGAAGCCGACUGGGUGAAGACCUUCCCGGAAAUUGACACCGUCAACACCGAGGGCGCUGAGAAAAGCCACAACUCCACCAUCCAAGGCUUGGUCGUCGCCACCUUCGUCAUCGGUGCCCUCAUCGGUUCCCUCUCAUGCUCCUACACCGGCGACAAGUACGGCCGCCGUGCCGUGGUCAUGGCCGGCGCCAUAUGCACUCUCAUCGGUGAAGUGUUGGAAUGCUCCUCCUUCGGCCUGCCCCAAUUCAUUGUCGGACGCAUCAUUGUGGGACUCGGUAUCGGUCAGCUCAGUGCCACUGUGCCCGUGUGGCAGAGCGAGACUUCCGGCGCGAAGAACAGAGGCCAGCACGUUGUCCUCGACGGCCUCUUCAUCUGCGUUGGUUAUGUGCUCGAGUCGUGGAUCGACCUUGGCUUCUUCGAGCUUCCUGAAGGCCAGGUUACCUGGCGCCCUCCGAUUGCCAUUGCCAUUGUCUUCUCGCUCAUCCUCAUCGGAUCCGUCUACCUUUUCCCCGAGUCCCCCAGAUGGCUUGUCCGCAAGGCUCGCAACGACGAGGCUCGCUCCGCCAUUGCUCUUUUCCGCGGCCACGAGGAAGACGCCAUUGAAGUCCAGGCUGAGUUGGCAGGCAUUGAGCUUUCGCUCGAGGAAACCUCCAAGAGCGGUGCCAAGCUGAAGGACAUGCUCAAGAUGGGCGAAGACAAGCUUCUGUACCGCUUCGGUCUCUGCAUUCUGCUCCAGUUCUACCAGCAGAUGUCCGGCUCCAACCUCAUCUCUGUCUACACCAGCAUCCUUUUCCAACAGAACCUCGGCCUGAGCCCUGAACUGUCGCGUGUCUUGUCCGGCGGCGCGCUGACCUGGAAGUUCCUGUCUUCUUUCGUCGCUUUCUUCACCAUCGACCGCUUCGGUCGUCGCGCUGUCUUCAUGUUCAGCGGUGCCGGCAUGUCGCUGUGCAUGAUCGCUCUCGCCAUCACCACCUCCAUGACGGACAGCCACGGCGCCCAGGUCGCCGCCGGCUGCUUCAUCUACAUGUUCAACUUCUUCGUCCCCAUUGGUUUCCUGGGCGCCAACUUCCUAUACUGCACGGAAGUCGCACCUCUACGCCUCCGUGUCGCCAUGUCUUCCAUCUCCACUGCCAAUCACUGGCUUUGGAACUUCGUCGUCAUCAUGGUCACGCCCGUCGCGCUCGCCAACAUCGCAUGGCGCUACUACAUCGUCUACGCCGCCGUCGCCUUCUGCAUCCCGCUCUCCGUCUACUUCUUCUACCCGGAGACUAUGGGCCGCAACUUGGAGGAACUGGACAUGAUGUUCCGCGAGAGCCCGUCGGUGAUGGGAACGGUGAACUUCGCCAAGACGCGGCCGAUCGCCAUGCCGCAGGAGUUCGCGGUCGAUCACACCAAGGGCGGCGCGGAGCACGAGAGCGACUUGGAGGCGAAGGAGAAAGACCUGGUAUGA